AUGAGGCUGCGUUGGAUAAUGUUCGCCAUAAACGUCGCGUUCUCGUAUUCCAUGGGGCGGGGCGUACUCUACACCACACUAUUCUUGACAAUCGCCGAAUAUCUUUGCAAUGAUAUAGCCUCAAGAACAUGUGUAAUGUAUUCGGCCAUGGUGGAUUUGAGCUUGGAGCGACACUCGUUGCUCCACACAUUUGAAUUGGAUGGUAUUGCAGUUCACGCAGCUGCGCACUUAUAUUCACCACCAUCCACGCGCAAGACUUCCCCGACUGCGAAGGACACCGUCAAGCGGGAAGGAAGACUUUGCCAAACCUGUUCCCUGAAGGAGCUCGAGUUUACAUCUCCGCAAUCCUUGUUGCCUGGUCAAUAG